AUGUCUUCUUCCCGAUUACUUCAUCCUGACGAUUGUUUGCGACGCAUCCUGCUUCGUCGGGCCUGUUUCUACCUACAUGCCAUCGUCGGUAUUAUUCUCGCUCUCCUUAUCCUCACUGCAAUCCUACGGCCCUCGUACACCCGACUCCCGCCCCAUUAUACAGCGCUUCGCUCAGCCGUAUCACAUUCAAGCGCCUCUGGCCGGGGAAACCCUGGCAAUGAAAAGGUUUUCAUAGCUGUUAGCUUAUAUGAUCGUGGCGGGAAGCUAGCGCAAGGGCAAUGGGGCUCUACUGUCCUUCGACUUAUCGACCUGCUUGGCGAGGAUAACGUUUUCCUAAGUAUCUACGAGAAUGACAGCGGACCGGAGGGGGAGAGUGCGCUACGAGCCCUGGAAAAGCAGGUCUCAAGCAAUAAGUCUGUUAUUAUUGAAGAGCAUUUUGACUUGAGUAACCUGCCUAGGGUGACCAUUCCUGGGGGUUCUAAACGUACUAAGCGUAUCGAUUACUUGGCUGAGGUCCGGAACCGAGCCUUACGGCCGCUAGAAGAGUCUAAAACGCAGUACGACAAACUACUUUACAUCAACGAUGUUUUGUUCGAUCCAAUCGAUGCCCUUCAUCUUUUGUUCUCUACUAAUGUUGAUGACAACGGUAUCGCCCAAUACCGGGCAGCGUGCGCUGUUGACUUUUCCAACCCUUUCAAGUUCUACGAUACAUAUGCAACGCGUGAUGUGCAGGGCUAUGGUAUGGGUCUUCCAUUCUUCCCUUGGUUUACCUCCGCUGGAGGAGGGCGGAGUCGACGGGAUGUCUUAGCAGGAAAGGAUGCGGUGCUGGUCCGCAGCUGUUGGGGAGGAAUGGUGGCAUUCGAUGCACGAUUCUUUCAAGGCGAUGCGAAGCCGGCAGUUGAUAUGGGAGGAGAACAAUUCCCUGUUCGUUUUCGUUCUGCGCCUGACUUGUUCUGGGAAGCUUCUGAAUGCUGUCUCAUCCAUGCCGACAUCGAAAAACCGCCCUCGAAUGGAGAUGAGAUCGUAGACACCGGGAUCUAUAUGAACCCCUUCGUACGCGUGGCAUACGAUGGCCGCACCCUGUCUUGGUUGCGGACGACUCGACGGUUUGAGAAACUCUACUCUUUUAUCCAUGACAUUGGUAGCCGUCUUGUGGGUAUGCCUUGGUUUAACCCUCGUCGAUCAGAAGUUGGCGGUCAGGCUGUUGAGGAGACGGUCUGGGUACCGAAUGACAAAGGCGAUGGAGACGGAUCUUUCCAGACGGUUACGCGAAUUGCUGGGAAUGACGGUUAUUGUGGACGACGAGGGCUCCAAGUCAUCGUCGAGCAUCGCAAAGAGGGCCAGGACGGGUUCGAAAGUAUACCAGUACCAACGUGA